AUGGCACUCAACUGUGCAAUGCUCAAUGCAAUCAGAGAACCGAUACCUUUACCAGAUGAGAACAUCAUAUCCACGGUCGAUUCAGGAGCAGAAGUGAUAUUACUCAUACCGGACACUCCACCAGCGGGUAGCCGUUUAUCUGGCGGAUCUGGAGGCGCUCAGAAGCUGAAAGCUAUGGGAAGGAUAUGGCUAACUGAUCGUCGAUUCCUGUUCACUUCCUCUCCAGAUUCAUCAUUCGACUCUUUAACGGUCCCUUUGCCCUCUAUUCUCACUACUCGUUUUGAACAGCCCACAUUCGGCGCAAAUUAUCUCUCAUUCGAGAUAAAACCUUCUUCCGGAGGUGGCUUGACAGAUGGUACUGGCAUUGAACUCCGAUUUAAGAAUCAAGCCAUGUUUCAAUUUGUGGCGCUACUAGAGAAGACGAGAGAGCGCGCUAUCUACAUGAGAAGACAGGUUGCACAAGAGGACGAGGGUCUACCGAGUUAUACAUCCCCCGCAGAAUCGAGCACUGUCACUCUUGUCGGAGAUGUUCCAGUGGACAAUCCACCAGAGUAUGGCUUCUAG